CGCAAGGCGUCUGGCGAACACGGCCUGCUGGGUUAGUUAUAACUUGACGCACGCACAAUAGCACUCAAAUCAGUGUCAGAGCGCGCGGAUGUUUGUCAACUGCAGAUCGCAGCAAACCGAGAGAAUAGCUCACGCAGCACGUAGAAGAAGUUACAGUAUGAGUGACCCCGUCCAGUUUUUCGAGGGGGUGGAGAAGCUUCUGGAGAUAUGGUUCGCUACCGGUGACAACGGUAACCUAUCUCCGGAUUUGAGGAAAAUACCCAGAAAGGAGCUGGAGAUGCUGUUGAAGAUCGUUAGAUGCGAAAUAAUCAGUUUUACCAGAAACGAACAGAUCGAUGCCUAUGUACUGAGUGAAAGUUCCAUGUUCAUUUCGAAGAGACGUUUCAUCUUGAAGACUUGCGGUACUACAACUCCUCUCUUGUGUCUAGAGCAUCUCCUUCUGCUAGCAGAACAAUACGCAGGAUUCACAGAGGUAGAGGACGUAUUUUAUUCAAGGAGAAACUACAAGAGACCAGACCUACAGAUGACACCUCAUAAGCAUUUCGAUCAAGAGGUGAGAUUGUUGGACUCCAUAUUCCAAGAUGGAGCAGCUUAUUGUUUGGGAGCAGUCAAUAGAGACUGUUGGUAUCUAUACACCUUGAACUCGCCGGUCAAGAUGUCAAAGAGGAGUCCUAUCACUGCUGAAGAACAGGACCAAACGUUGGAGAUAUUGAUGACAGAUUUGGACUCUGAGGUGAUGUCAAUAUUCACAAAGGAGGAGUGUUUGAAUGCAACAGAAGCUACAAAGAAAUCAGGAAUUGAUAAGAUCAUACCCAAUAUGGUUAUAGAUGACUUCCUUUUCGAUCCUUGUGGCUAUUCUAUGAAUGGAAUAAACAAAAACGGAUGCUACAUGACGAUUCACGUUACCCCUGAACCAGAAUGCUCCUACGUCAGUUUCGAAACAAAUGUACCAGCAGAUUCCUACAAAGAAAUUAUCGGAAAAGUUUUGAACACUUUCCAGCCAGGCAAAUUCAUGAUAACUUGUUUCACCAGCGAGACCUCCAACCCAAAAGAGACCACUCGAGAGAUGAGGCAGCUCACACAACUUGGUGAAUACGAGAGGCAAGACCUUCAGACUUGCCACUUCAAGAACUACGAUCUCGUCUACGCCUUCUUCUGCCGUUUCCCCAGCUGAGGGUUUCAGGAAAGGCUGCGUGAAAACGUAGCUGUACCCGCACCCCCCACUACCUAUUCCUCCACCCAUAUCCCCAACGUCCCAUCUACCUCUCUUCCCCCCUCUCCCAUAAAAUGUAUACCAUGCCUGAAAAAAUCCCAGUCAGUAUUCAUACUACAGAAUUAUCAAAAUACGCAACCGUAUUCUUUUUACCAGUCGCAAAAUCUCAAAAAGGUGCUCUCAGGUGUUCUGAAGAGUCACAAGUCCCUUAAGUAUGAUUUUUACCAUCUAACAUUAUUAUCCGAAAAACUAUUGAAGAAUAUGUUGGAUUCGUUGUUGAAAUACAAAACCGAACUUCAGAAUUCGAAAUUUGUGAUAAGCAGGGAGUGUUCAAAAUUUUUUUAUAAUUUACACAGAAAAUUGUCCGAUAUUAUAAUUAUGGCUGAGGACAUAUUGAAUAUUCAGUACAAGUAUUUCUCGAAGAAAAGGUUUGAGCGCACAUUUGAGAGAUGUUUAACCAGUAUUACCUACGAAGAGAACUUUUUAUUUAUGUUAUUCUCUAUGCUUUUUGUUUUAUGUUCCAUUGUUUUCAUUCAUACAGAAUUUGUAUCUUUGCUGCUACUUUUCGUGUGGUGGAGAAAUAAGAUUUCGUGAGAAUUACUAUAAACCUUCGGGUACAGUAGAACAUAGUGAUAUUGCGCACUCUUCUACCUAUGAGGGUUGAAGGAGUCAUAUAAAUUUGAUAAUUCGUUGUAUACACCGGAAGUGCAUAUUUUAUUUAGGUACAAACAAAAUUUGAUUUUUUCUAAAAAAAAUAUUCACAUUUAUCCAAUCAAAUGAAAAUUUAUGGGGGAAUAUUUUGUUUGAUACAUAUGAUAUAUUUGUUGUUUGUAAAUUUGUUUAACUUUUAGCAUUCUAUUUUAUUGUUUUAUUAUUGUGUUCGAGUUUAUAGUAAUGUGUUUGAUAUGGUAUUUUUCCGAUGUAUGCAUCAACUAUUUUCAUGAAGAACGGCCAUAAUCACUAUGUAUCACUGUUUAGAAGGUUUAAGUGCUGAACAGAACUCGUGUCAUAAUAUAUUUUCUUCAGAGAGAAGCGUACGAGAUGUUUCGAAUUUUUUUUCUGCAUUUAAAAAGAAGCAAGGUUGCCAUGGUCCACUGAAUUGUAUAUUAAACCUUGAAGUCAAAAAGUUAGGUUUAUUGAUUUCCGAUGUUUCUCAUCCCAUGGUGUUCUAUGUACCUUGUUCUAGAGUUUCGGAGACCAGAGUUUUAGAUGUGGGUGAACACAAGUAACCUUUGAUAAAUCUUUACUGGUUUCAAUAGAGGUUCGUUCGAUGUACUGAUUCGAAAUACGAUAAAUACCAAAUACCUAGGAAUUUUGUCACUGGAAAGGUGGAUCUACCAUACUAAAUCAUAUUCCUUUCAAAUAAAGAAUUUCUGAAAAUAAAGCUACGGUAACAAAACUUUGUAACAAAGCAUUUGCACUUAUAUGCCUCAGAUCAAUUGCAAUGCCAAAAUCAUCAAGUCCCCCCAACUAGCGAACAACUACUUUCAAUUCCAAAAUAAUUUUAAUUAUUCUACAAUGUGAAGUUCACUCUAUUUCUUUUCAUCCCUUUCCAGAUGACUUAAGUCCUCCAAACUGUCAAUCACAAGUUUCGAAUUCUUUCAAAUGUUACUUGAACAUAUCAAUCUAUAUCCUUGUUGUCACAAGAACAUAGCAGUAGAUCGCUUAAAACCUUAGUUUUUAAAAUUAAUUGAAUCUUGUACUUCCUUAUUCCCACCAAAUAGAUGAAAUGUUUAAUUGUUGAAAUUGUUAAAUGUUAGUUGUGAUUGAUAUAGUUUGUAUGAAACGAUUAUAAAUCGAUAUCAAUUACGAAUUACAUAAAAAUUGUGAUACGAUAUAUUUAAGAAACCUAUAACGGUAUUUCUUCACAGAUAUUCUAAUUAAAAGGAUUCCUCUACCUUCGAAUUAUUCUUAUAGAUGCUAUGCUUAUUGAAAUUAAGAGUAGAAAUUAGUUUCUUAAUGAAUAUCUAAUAAUGUUGAUGUUAUAAAGAAAUGGAAAUUAAAUAAAGUUACAAGUAGACAA